AUGGCGGACGAGCAAGACCAGACCUCGCGCGUGCCGGUGACCAUUCUCACCGGAUUUCUCGGUUCCGGGAAGACGACGCUCCUCAAUGAAAUCUUGGAAUCCGAAACGCACGGAUUGCGCUUCGCGGUGAUUGAAAAUGAAUUCGGAGAGGUGGGCGUCGACGAGAGGAUUCUGUCGGAGAAGGCGGACGAAGAGAUCAUCGAGGUCAUGAACGGUUGCAUCUGCUGCACGGUGCGCGGUGAUCUCGUGGUGGCGCUGAAAAAGCUCUACUCGAAGAUCGCGCAGUUCGACGCCGUCAUCAUCGAGACGACGGGUUUGGCGGAUCCGGCGCCGGUGGCGCAGACGUUCUUCGUCGACGAUGACAUUCGAGAAAAGUUUGUGCUCGACGGAAUCAUCACGGUCACGGACGCGAAGCACAUCCUCACGCGGCUCGAUGAUGAAAAACCCGAGGGUGUGGAGAAUGAAGCCGCCGAACAGGUCGCUUUUGCCGAUCGGAUACUCCUCAACAAGACCGACUUGGUGUCCGAAGACGAACUCGAAACCAUCACGGGCCGGAUCAAGCAAAUUAAUCCGAGCGCCGAUAUCUUCCGAUGCCAGUAUUCCAAGGUUGAUCCGAAAAAUUUGAUCGGAAUCAAUUCCUUCUCGCUCGAGAAGACCUUAAAAAUGGAUCCCGAAUUCCUCAACACGGAGGGCGAGCAUGAACACGACCCAACCGUGUCUUCGACGAGCACAAAAUUCUCUGGGCACCUCAACAUCAAUAAAUUAGAACGCUGGAUAGGCGAAAUAAUUCAAACAAUGGGUGCGGACUUGUUUCGGUACAAGGGUGUUCUUUCCGUUGCGGGCAUGGAUCAAAAGUUUGUUUUCCAGGGCGUCGGCAUGCUUUUCUCCGGCGGCUUCGUCGACGCCAAGUGGGGAGCCGACGAGGAGCGCGAAUGCCGCUUCGUCUUCAUCGGUAAAAAUCUGGACAAAGACGCCCUCAUCAACGGUUUCAUGGAUUGCAAGUGUUCCUCGAAGCUUCGCUUCAAGGUGGGCGACGCGGUUCUCGCGCAGGUGGGCGCCGCCGACAACGACGGCUACUGCCGCGGCACCGUCCGUAAGACGUGGGACUCGGGCAACCCGUACCAGAUCGAACUUGAAGACGGUAAAAAGACAAAAGUGUGGGGACCCGUCGACGAAGACGAGUUCGUCAAAGCUUCGCUCAGCGCCACCGCGUAA